AUGGCUUGGAGUACUCCAACAAUUGAGUUCACAAAAAGUGUGUUCUUUCCCGGAGAACAGGUGACAGGUAGAGUAUGGGUCCAGACAAAAAAGGAUAUGACUGCUCGAAAUGUGGAAAUCACAUUUAUGGGGCUAACAGUCACAGCAUGGAGAGUUGAUGGAGAAAGAAGGAACCGCCCGGUUGAAGACUUCGUUCAAAAAAAAGCAGAAGAACUGUUUCUGGAAAUGAAGCAUGUUGUAUGGACUCCUGAAGACCAUCAUAACAACUUUCCUGCUGGCGACUACGAAUGGAAGUUCUCGUUUGAUCUUCCAAAGGAAUGCCCAACAAGUUUCGAAGGAACUUUCGGCUUCAUUCGUUAUUUUGUUCGCGUCCAUAUUGAUGUUCCAAAUUGGUUGGAUACAAAAGUGGACAGUGCGGUUACAGUAUCCCCAAACAUCGAUCUGAACUCUAUUCCGGGUGUCAAUGAGCCUGUGGAUAUUCAAGUUGAGAAGUUCAACCAGAAAUGUGCUUGUCUCCCAUUCCUGGGGAACAAUGGAUUGGUGUGUUACACAAUCCAAUCUUCAAAACUUGGUUAUGUCGCCGGUGAAACUGUCUCUGUUAAAGGGGCAAUUGAGAAUCGAUCUUCAAAAACGUUGAGUGAAAUUGAAGCAAUAUAUAAACGAAGAGUUAUAUAUCGAAAAGAUUUGUCCAAUGAUAUCUUCAAACCUCGCCGAGAUAUGGACAGUGCUUCAGACUCAUACAACAGUAAAAAAGAGGAAAUUGUGAUGCAAGCAGUUACCGAACAAUGUGACAUUGAACCAGGGACCACAAAGACGUUCUCAUUUUCAUUCACUGUUCCGCCCGUGGUUGCAACAAUCAGAAGUUCCAAGUUUGUGAAUGUUGAAUACUUCAUCACCGUGGCAGCAGAUAGACAGUACUGUGAUUCCUCGGAGAUUCCAACGUUCAAUUUGAUAGUUGGAAAUGUGCCAUUACUCGAAAAAGAUUCCAGUUUAAUUCCUUCCCAUAAAUUCGUCAAAGCUGAUUCUGCGAAGUGCUGGUCGACACUUUUGAAACCAAAAUUCCGUUAUCAAGUUCCAUAUUACGGGCAUUCAGAAGCUGCAUAUCAUUCCGAGGAUAGUGACUAA